AUGCACCCCUGCGAAGAAUUCGGCCAGCAGAACCUCUCUUUUGUCUUAGCUGUCGAAGAAACAUCAGUAUCAAAUGCCUCAUCCACUGCCAUCAACCUCGGCCGCGUCAUCGACAUCACCACCUUAGUCGACCCAGCCACGAGAUCCAUCUCAUGGAUGAGCCCCAAAGACUCACAAAGCACAUGGCGCUUAAUGGCUUGCGCCGCGGGGGCGAAGAAGCUGACGGGCUUCUUUGACGAGUAUAUGAUCCCUGAAGAGCAGGACAGAGAGCUCCUCGUCCGCGUUGGGAAGUAUGCAUGGGAAGACAGCAUGGAAACGGUUACAGCCCUCUGGUGGACGCACAACUUCGCCGACGCCUUCCGCGCACAAAGGGGCUACGACAUCACACCCUGCCUCCCCUUCCUCAUCCAACUUGACAAUUACUGGGCGGCACAGAACCUCCCCUACGGCGAAUCCUUCCUCUCGCAGGACAACAGCACCCUAGUCUCCCGCUGCAACGACGACUACCGCCUCACCCUCCAAGCCGGAUACGAAGACUACAUCCUUACAACCUCAGAAUGGGCUCACAAACGGGGACUAAAAUACUCCAACCAGCCAUCCCUAGGCUUCGACGAAUCCCCUUCCCUGUACCGCCACCUCUCCGGCCCAGCACACAUGGCCCGCAACCCCGUCGUCUCCUCUGAAGCCGGCGCCGUCAACGGCGCAGGCUACACCCAGACCAUCGCGGACCUGCUCCGUAUUGUCCGCCGCGGUCUCGCGGGCGGGAUAAGCAUGAACGUCCUGCAUGGGUACGCGUACUCUGGCACUUACGCGCAGACGACAUGGCCUGGGUAUACCGUCUUCGCGUACACGUUCACCGACAUGUGGGGGCCGCGGAUGCCGGCGUGGAGGGGGAGCAGUCAACACGUCGGCGGUAAAGGUGACAACGAUACCAGUGAUGGGUUCAUGGCUGAUGCGAUGGCAUAUGUUGCGAGGAACCAGUUUAUCAGUCAAGUUGGUACCGCGAGGGUUGAUCUCGCGUUCUAUCAGUAUGCGGCACCGUUCGACAAGGUGGUCUAUGAGAGCGACAACCUUGAGAAGAUGGGCUUCACGUACGACUACCUCGGUCCUGCAAGCUUCUCCUCCCAGCACGCCGCCGUCAACGAGAAGGGUAUCCUCGCGCCGGAUGGACCUGCGUAUAAAGCUCUCAUCUUUGCCAACCAGACAAAGUUGACGCUGGAGAUGGCGAUGCAGACGAGAACAUUCGCCGAAGCAGGGCUGCCCAUUUUCGUUAUUGGGAGCGCGGAUUUCCAGAGCGUUGGUGUCGAUGGAGCCGCUUCAAUGGAGAGCGUGAUGGUGCUCAAGUCCGCGGAGGAGGUACCAGCUGCGCUUGCUGCUCUCAACAUCCAACCUCGGGUCUUGUUUCUGGAAGGAGGUGAGGUCGAGAAGUGGUACUCCUUCUCGCGAAGCACAGAUGAUGCAGAGGUCGUGUUCUUAUAUAACGACGGGGAAACCUCCACGACCACGAACGUCAGCAUUCUCGAUAUGGAGGGCAGGUCACCGCACGUCCUCGACGCCUGGACGGGCUCGGCAUCACCACUUUUACAAUACACUGUCGAGGAGAACAACGUCGUUCUCCCAGAAGCAACAACUCUCGACGUAUGGAACAUCACAGUAAACGACUGGCGCGGCAGCAACAACUCCCUCUGCAUGGAAACCGCCGUCACACCUUACCGGUUCCCCAACAGCCCGCUAGCGCCCUGGAAAGAUCUAGACCCCGUGAACCUGAGCAACACAAGCGGUACAGCAACCUACGAAACCACCUUCCGAACCCCAUCCUCAUCUACCGCGGCACAGCGCUUAGGAGCUCAUCUUCACCUGGGUGCCAUCAUAGACGCAAUGACGCUCUGGGUCAACGACGAGAGAAUCAUUCUCGACGUGAACAGCUCGCCUGACGUUGUGGUGGAUAUCACAUCCUACCUGAACCCCUCCGAGGGCGCCGAUAACGUGGUCCUAGUAGAAGUUGCUUCGACGCUGUAUAAUCGCGUGAGACCGGAGCAGGACAGCAUCAUGACGUCUGGUGGCGCUGCUUCACGUGCGGGUGCGAGUUACUUCGAGGCUCAUCCGGCUGAAGAGUAUGUACUCAAGGGGCCGGUGUCGGUUCAAUGGGUGAAGGUUGUUGACAUCCUUUGA